AACUGGUGACAAUGCGGCUUCAACGUCGCCGAAACUCUUGUUGUCGGAAUCUGUUAGUAAAAUUUACUUGCGAAAAACAAACAGAACCGGAACACCGCAGAACCACGUGGCUACAGUCGGUCUUCGAACAAGAUCAACCAGAUCCAGGAAAAAUUAUUUCACAUGUCGCUUGGAAAAAAAAUUUAAUAGUUAUACUACCCUCGAAUACUCUCUCAAUUUUUUACUCACAUUCGCUUUUUGGGUACCCUGAGUUUUACCCACACGUCCAUGCGCUCGUAGAAGCGCUCGUUCGAGAAGAUAAAUAACAACAAUGGCGAGCCAUGUAUGCCUGACAAGAAACUACAGAAGGACUUAGGACCUGUGCAAGCUUCAUUUUAUCUCCACAUGCUUCAUUUGUGUGCCUUAGUGCAGUGUAGAUAGCAAGUUGCCUUAUGUUCUCUUUUGCACCAGGAUAUACCUAGUGUAGCUAUGGAACAAGAGACUGGGCACCAAUGGUUUUAUUUGCUGUUGGAUAGCUCUAGAAUUCUCACCAUCGUCAUCUCCAUUUUGCUUAUCAUAUAUGGAAGUUUCAGAGCUCUUGGUAUAGACUCGGCCUGCAAGAACCAGGCUGAUGCUGACGAUGACUCCGGACAAGGAGGCACUCCCCUAAAUGGCUUCCUUGAUGGUUUUCAGACCAUCAAUUCAGCACAAGCUGUUUUUCUACCUGUUGGGGCGUCUUUCUCCCUUCUCGUUAUGUUUUUCUUCUUUGAUACACUUCAGUUCUUCUUUGCACUCUGCACAGCAGUUCUCGCUACAGUGGCCUUUUCAUUUCUUCUUCUUCCUGUCUGCCAGUGCAUACUCCGGCCAUGUGACAAGAACCCCAAUCACAAGAUCUCCCUUGGUUUCUGUGGCCGGUUCACUUGUGCUGAGCUCAUGUCUCUUGUGCUGUCUGCCAUGUUAGUUCUUGUGUGGAUUCUGACGGGUCAUUGGGUCCUCAUGGAUGCGCUGGCAAUGGGCCUUUGUGUGUCUAUGAUUGCUUACAUUCGUCUCCCAAGUCUGAAAGUUUCCACUUUACUACUUACUGGUCUGCUGAUCUAUGAUGUAUUUUGGGUGUUUUUCUCUGCUUAUAUAUUUAAAACUAAUGUGAUGGUGAGAGUAGCAACCCAGCAGGCAAAUAAUCCAGUAAGUAAUCCAGUUGCAUAUGUAGCCAGUAAAUUCAGAAUGAACUCAUUCAAUUCUUCUCCCCAAAUCUCUCUGCCAGGAAAGCUUGUAUUCCCAAGUCAAGAACGUGGGCGAUUCUCAAUGUUGGGCCUUGGAGAUAUAGUGAUGCCCGGCCUGCUUUUGUGUUUUGUCAUGCGCUAUGACAAGUACAAGCGCCAGCAAGCCCCGCCUACAGACACAGAGUCCCGAAUCACUUACUUCCACUGCUCACUCGUAGGUUAUAUUGUAGGACUAGUUACAGCUACGGUUGCAUCGGAGGUGUACAAGGCGGCCCAGCCCGCUCUCCUCUAUUUGGUACCAUUUACGCUAUUACCCAUACUACUCAUGGCCUAUCUAAAGGGUGAUUUGAGGAAGAUGUGGCAAGACCCUUUUCUAGCUAAUGCUUUGCCAAAAGCAAAGUUCAUGGAGGUUUGACACGGCCAUAAACAAGACACAGAAAUAUUCUAAAAGGAAAGAUGACAUUACUCAAGCUUAGCGAAUUCGAGUUGUAUAUAAUCGUUUGCAUGGGCAAACUGGGAGUUCUUGGAUCUUGCUGAUGAUCAUGUUUUGCAUCUGGAUUUCAAAAUGAGUACUAGGAUAUCUCAGAGACUGAAACAUGUGUUUUUUGGGGGUGUCUCGUGCAAAACAGUGCCAGCAUCAACGUGGAAAAGCUUUCAUUGCUGAUCCCAGAAGUGUGUGAUGCUUUUGUUAACUUUCACUAACAGCAUAACUUGGCUCGUUAAUGCCAAGUAAUGAUGACUUUUAAACCCGAUUGUUAGUAAGGCAAGGGUGUUAUGGUUUUUAGCUAUUCUAUGUUAUAGUCUGCCUUGAAAGCUGCUAGCAAAUUACUCAAGGGCCAUGGAGAGAGAGGGACUGAAGACAUCUUUUUUUUUCUUAACUACACUAAGUAUUAUGUUGAGUUUGGGCCCUUUCAUUGAGUUGGGGUGUGUUGAGUUUGGGCCCUUUCAUUGAGUUGGGGUGAUGACUUUGAUGAUGAUGACAAAGGCGGUGAUGGUUUUGAAAAUGAUGACAAAGGCGGUGGUGAUGAUGACGUCAAAGGCGGUGGUGAUGAUGAUGACAAAGGCAGUGGUGAUGUAGAGGAAGCCGGAUGGAUGAUUUUGAUGGUGAUGGUGCUAGUGGCGGUUUUGAUGUUAAUGGUUUUAAUGAUGAUGACAAUUACAGUUAUGUUGAAGGUGAUGUUUUAAUGGUGAUGAAGAUGAUGAUGACGAUUAAGGUAGAGCGUAUUGUGAGUACUGCUGCUGCAAUUGGUGAUGAUGAUGAUGAUGAUGAUGAUGAUUGUUGUUGUUGUAACUAUCUUUGUGGUGAUGAACAUUGAAAACCAAGACAACACGAUGCUGCUAAAAGUAUGCUGUUUCUAUAGCCAAAUUCGUUGUUGCGCGACCUCACAGAAUCGAAUAUUCUUUUCUUCGUUUGGGAAUAGCGCGUAGUCAAGCAAACCAAACAAUCAAAACCAGACAAGCCGCCCCCAAAGCGUGUCUGACUAAGCGCUAUUCCCAAACGAGACAAGGAUUUUGGAUUCGCCGAGGUCGCGCAACGAAUUUGGCUGUAAUCAAAAACACCUGUUUAUCACAAGACAUUGUACUAAAGCCACUUGGUAGCCUUGUAGACUCUGUCCUGAUAUAGAACACAAAUAUGGAUAUCUGAUUACAAAAUCUACCCGUAUUUAUUGUAAAAAGGAGACUAGAGUGCUGAUGCGUCCGCUAUUGCUAUACUUCAUCCUCGCAGGGAAAAUAGAAAGCUUUAGAGUAGCUGUGAAUAUAUAUUUUCGUUAAGAUAAUAAAGAGAAUAAGGGGAUAGAUUUUAACAUUUUAUUGAUUACGAUUGAAUUAUAGCUAUGUAUAUAUUAAAUUAUAUAAUAAAUGUUUUACUUUGUGAA